AUGGCUAUAAACAACCGCUUUGAACCUUCUGGACAAGAAUGGACAAGUACAAGAAGGAGAGUGAAAUAUAUACUUAACAAUCAGGAUUCUAGUAAAUUCAGAUGUUGGUCUUCGGAGUUCUCCGGGGCCAGCAGCUGCCUGACCAGGGGCCCGGGGCCACGGGCUCAGCCGACGACCAUAGGCUCCGUGUCCACCCAGCAGUUUGCAGGUGGCUGCGCCAAGGCGGUAGAAGAGGCGCCCGAAGAGGUGCCGGAGGAUGAGGCCCGGGCGGCGGACGAGGCUCAGUUGCUGCACGGUGAGGGCAUCUGUAAGUGGUUCAACUUGCGCAUGGGGUUCGGCUUACUGUCCGUGACCGCCCGCGCCGUGGUCGUGCUCGACCCGCCAGUGGACGUCUUUGUGCACCAGAGUAAGCUGCCCAUGGAAGGCUUCCGGAGCUUGAAGGAGGGUGAGGCAGUGGAGUUCACCUUUAAGAAGUCAGCCAAGGGUCUGGAAUCCAUCCGCGUCACCGGACCUAGUGGGGCGUUCCGUAUUGGGAGUGAGAGGUAGCCAAAGGGGAAGAACAUGCAAAAGCGCAGAUCAAAAGACAGGUGCUACAACUGUGGAGGUCUAGACCAUCAUGCCAAGGAAUGCAAGAUGCCACCCCAGGCCAAGAAGUGCCACUUCUGCCAGAGCAUCAGUCAUAUGGUAGCUUCAUGUCCACUGAAGGCCCAGCAGGGCCCUAGCGCACAGGGAAAGCCAACCUACUUUCCGGAGGAAGAAGAAGAAAUCCACAGUCCUGCCCUGCUUCCGGAGGCGCAGAAUUGA